AAUAACGUAACUUUUUAGUUCCUCUACUUUUCUCAGUGCUAUUUGUGGAUCUUUCCUGUGAAGCGCUGUGUAACGUGGCUGAGUCAAGUGAGGAUGAUCAUGAGGACCGGAUAGUUUAUGACUAAUUCUCAGCAGUGCUAUUGAGUGAUAGCUGUGAAAAUGCCUGCCUGACCAACAAGUCUUCAUUAUACAAAAAGUGUAUCGAUCAGUAUCACGCCCGGACUCGCAGCUGUGUGGAUUCAGGCCUCUUGGAUGGGAAACAUAAGCUGGAGGAGUCAAGCCUCCUCAGAGGACACAGACUCCUCUCUGCAGGGGGAUCUAGAUGAGGACACAGACUCGCAACGGUCCCAUCUGUCCUCUUUCACCAUGAAGCUGAUGGACAAGUUCCAUUCUCCCAAGAUCAAGAGGACUCCAUCUAAGAAGGGCAAGCAACUGCAGCCCGAGCCAGCAGCCAAGAAUACUGAGAAACCUUCUAACAAGAAGGUCAGUCGGCUGGAGGAACAAGAGAAGGAGGUGGUCAGUGCCCUGCGCUACUUCAAGACAAUCGUGGACAAAAUGGUCGUGGAGAAGAAGGUGCUGGAGAUGCUUCCGGGCUCAGCCAGCAAGGUGCUUGAAGCCAUCCUGCCUCUAGUUCAGGUGGAGGCCCGGAUACAACACAGUUCGGCUCUGUCUUCCUGCCAUAACCGUGUGUACCAGAGUCUGGCCAACCUCAUCCGUUGGGCGGACCAGGUGAUGCUGGAUGGCAUCGAUUUGGAGGACAAGGAAAAUGUAGCAUCUGUCACAAGUGUCAUCAAAGCAGUGCUGGAUGGAGUGAAGGAAUUGGUGAAGCUGACCAUAGAGAAACAGGAGCAGCCAUCACCCACCACCCCUAACAAACCAGCGCCGCCUGCUACCACAGCAGAGAGCAGCGUGCCAUCGGAGGUGCCCUUGAUAGAUCGCGAGCAGGAGGUCUCAAAUAAGACUGCUCCGGCAGCAGCUCCUGCAGAGGCUGCCACUGAGAUACCAGAUGAGGACGUAGCCCCUCCCAAACCCCCCCUUCCUGAAGCAAAGAUGGCAGAGCUCAGUCCUCCGCCAGCUCUUCCCCCUAAGAAGCGACAGUCAGCCCCUUCGCCUACGCGGGUGGCAGUGGUUGCCCCUAUGAGCCGUGGCUCCAGCCUGCCCUGCAGCGUCCACAGACAGCAGCAGGACUACGAGCAGGAGUUCCUUCAGAGGCGUUUCUCUGGGGGGAGCCAGUCAUACGGGGGCGACUCUCCACGUCUGUCUCCUUGCAGCAGCAUGGGGAAGCUGAGCAAGUCUGAUGAACAGCUCUCCUCCAUGGAGCAGGACAGUGGUCAGUGUUCUCGUAACACCAGCUGUGAGACACUGGACAACACAGAGAGUUACGACCCAGAUUAUGACUUCCUCCACCAAGACCUGUCAGCUGGGGAAAACCUGCCCCCUAUACCAGUGGUAGGAUGCCUGAGCCCCCUGCCUGAGUCUCACAGCGAGUCCUCUUCCCCAGUCCCCGGACAGCAUCCCUCACAUCCCCGCUUUAGCGCUCCUCCACCGCAGCAGCCACCAGAGUACUGGACCCCGCAGCCCAAUCAAACCAAUCCCUUACAGUCUUCCCGCAUCAGCGCACCACCCGCCCUGCCCCAGAAGAAGCGGCGCAGCACCCAGACAUCGCCCUUUCCUGACGGAGGGUCCAGGGUGCUGUAUGAGCGCUACCCUUCACAGUAUGACAACUUGUCAGAAGACGACCCUACACCGCCAUUCCCCCUUUUCACACCCAUCUCACCCAUGCCCCAGACUAAUGGAGGGGUGUUCGUCGCCCAGUACAUCGCCAGCGAGAAUGCAGAUGUCCCCGCCAGUCCACCGCCACUCCCAGAAAAGAAAAGCAGACACAUCCUCCAGUACAUGCAGUUUGUGGAAGACUACUCUGAGCCGCAGCCCUCCGUGUUCUACCAGAUGCCACAGAGCGAGAGCAUCUACGAGCAGCGUAACAAGCGCUUCCAGGAGGUCUACGGCUUCAAUGACUCCUUCAGCAGCACCGACUCUGUCCACGAGCCGCUACAGCCCCCAGCGUUGCCCCCGAAACAAAGGCAACUGGCCUCCCACUCUUCCUCCCCCUCUUCUUCCUCCUCCUCUUCUCUCUCCUGCCACCUCCAGCCGUCUGUAGCGGCCAUGGAGGAGGCGGGCUCUGGGCUGGGCCUCAGCAUGUCCGUCUCUAACUCCUACCUGAUUGGCCAAGCGUCCUUGACCACACCCACGAGCUUGGACCAGGUUGCCUUGACCAAUGCCACCAUUCUGGAUGGCAGCGGGGGCGGGCCCAACGGUUCCCUGGCUGGCUCAGUGGGCUCUGUGGCUGUCUGUCUUCCUUCUGAGUCUUCUCUCACUGACUCUCUCCACACCUCAGCGAGCGAGAGCGCGAAUGACGAGGGCGGGGAGGGGGAGUACGUCAACUUGUACUCAUCCAGCCAGGCCAAUGGGGAGCUGCCUCUCUCCCUCAGAGAAACAAUUGCAGCUGAUGAUGUACUUCAAGACCCCACCCCUCAGAUGCCAUCCACCAAUAGCAAAGAGGCUUUGGACAAGGAAAGGAGGCAGAAGUCAACAGAGUCUGCUGGGAGUGAUGAGGAAGACGUGGACGAACUCUCCCUCAUAGACCACAAGGAGAUAAUGAACAGGAUAACACUAAAACAAGAAAAUGACGAUGGCCCUGAUGUUCGUGCUGGAUCAGGAGACAUUCUGUUAGUCCACGCUACAGAAACAGACCGCAAAGAUCUUGUUUUGUACUGUGAAGCCUUUCUGACUACAUAUAGGACUUUUAUAACCCCAGAGGACCUCAUUAAGAAGCUACACUACAGAUAUACCAGGUUCUGCCACAGUCCGGACACCUUCAAGAAGCGAGUCAGCAAGAACACGUUCUUCGUGCUGGUUCGUGUGGUGGAUGAGCUGUGCCUGGUGGAGCUGACGGAGGACAUCUUGAAACAGCUGAUGGACCUGGUGUUCACGCUGGUGUGCAAUGGCGAGCUCAGCCUCGCUCGUGUGCUGCGCAAGAACAUCCUGGACAAGGUGGAGCAGAAGAAGCUGCUGCGCUACACUAACUCCCUCAAGCCCCUGGCUGCCCGAGGGGUCUCUGCAAGGCCUGGAACUCUUCACGACUUCCGCAGUCAUGAGAUUGCUGAUCAGCUCACUCUUCUUGACGCUGAACUCUUCUAUAAAAUAGAGAUUCCUGAGGUGCUGCUUUGGGCAAAGGAGCAGAAUGAGGAGAAGAGUCCGAACCUGACUCAGUUCACAGAGCACUUUAACAACAUGAGCUAUUGGGUCCGCUCUUUGAUAAUUCAGCAGGAGAAAGCCCAAGACAGAGAGAAGCUCCUCCUCAAGUUCAUCAAGAUAAUGAAGCACUUAAGAAAGUUGAAUAAUUUCAACUCCUACCUGGCAAUACUGUCGGCCCUGGACUCUGCCCCCAUCAGGAGAUUGGAGUGGCAGAAACAGACCUCAGAGGGAUUGGAGGAAUAUUGCACGUUGAUCGACAGCUCCUCCUCCUUCAGAGCAUACAGAGCUGCUCUGGCUGAAGUGGAGCCUCCAUGUAUCCCGUACCUGGGUCUCAUCCUACAGGACUUGACCUUCGUCCACCUGGGGAACCCCGACCUCAUUGACGGAAAGGUCAAUUUCUCCAAACGCUGGCAGCAGUUCAACAUCCUGGACAGCAUGCGGCGCUUCCAGCAAGUGCAUUAUGAGCUGAAGCGCAACGAAGACAUCGUCUCUUUCUUCAAUGACUUCAGUGACCACCUUGCAGAGGAGGCCCUGUGGGAGCUGUCGCUGAAGAUCAAGCCCAGGAACAUCGCCAGGCGCAAGACCGACCGCGAGGAGAAGACCUAGGGCCCAUGGGCUUCUGAGACUGACCUCCAACUGUGCUUCAUGACACUAACUCCACUUUACUACAGACUGAGAGAAAGAUGAAUGGAAGCUAUCCGCUGGAGCGAAUGGGAGACUCAAUGUGGGGAAUGCAGAACAAACUACAGACAACUGAAGCGUGGCCGAGGUUUACAAAGAGCUCUGCUGCUCUGGGAGAUUAUGAUUGAGAUUACUGUGGCUCUGGCGUUUAGACAGGGAAAGAUUGUGACUAUGGUGAGAUGGGAGGAAGCCUGGUGCCAAGGAGGAGAGAAGAAUCACACAGAGUGGGCAGGGAGACGCUACGGAAAUAACCAAAGUCUGCUCCCUGGGCUCUCUGUUUUAGAGUGGAGCUGUUGCGUGCGUGUGAGAUUGAGCUGAAUGGUCCAUUACUCUCCAAGUUGCUCCUUCCUCUUCCUUUAUGUAUGUGCCAUUUGUUGGUCAUCUUCUGCGACCCUCUCCCCGACUCACAAGUUCCCCUCAAACAGCAGAACCCUUGAGAGCGACCUGCCGUGAACUGUGAAGUCAGCAUGCAGGCUGCAGACCCGAGGGUCUGCUGGGGCGAGGGGGCGGUGAGGGGAUUUGAACUUGAAGAGAGGAUGACCAUUAGAGACUGGAACCUAUGAGUUUGUUUUGAAACAUUUUGUGUAAGAAUCAUGUAUGGUUAUGAAAUGUAUUAUAUACAGUGCUCCUUUUGUUCUUAAAAAGGAUGUUUAUGCUUAUGAGAAGAGCUUAGCUUCUCCCAAGUGCCAUACAUAUGUGCACUAAAAAAAGCAAAGCAAAAACACAAAAAGAUAAAUUACUAAAGAUGCUGUGAUCUAUGUACGUCAUACUGAAUCAUUGUGUGCCAUGUUCAAAGCGUAGAGAACCAUAAGGCAAUCACAAUCAUGUCCCCUGUCAUGUCGGUGUGUGAAAGUGUUCGUGUGUGACUGAAGUCCUCAGCGACUUGUGUGUUUGUCAUUCCAAAAUGUGCUGUAGUUAAAUCAUUUCGAUUCCUUUUUUUGGGAAAAUGGUCAAAAACAACACAUCACACUGUGCUCUCAGACUCCAAUAAACAAACAAACAGCUCUGUUUCUAUACACACUGUGUUGGUCAGAAACUUCGAUUUCUUGGUCAAAAUUCAAACGAGACUGACACUUUAGACUUUAAU